AUGGGGUCAACAGUGCCAUUUAUUCUCUCAUCACCCAUUUCCUACCUCCCUCGAGUCAUAUCCUGCUCUCUCUCUUCUCUCCCCAUCGCCCUCCCCUCAGUCCCAAGAACCUUCCUCCUCUUCUCCUCCUCUCCUUCCUCUCUCCUUCUCCCUCCACUCCGUCCCUCCCACCUCUUCUCCCCACUUCCCUUCCCCUCUCCUCUCCUCUCCUCUCCCACCUCUCCAAUAUCAACUCUCCCCCUCUCCCAUCUCGCUCCCCCUCUUUCUUCUCCAUCCUUCCCCCCCCACUCCCUCUCCUCCGUCUCCUCCCUCUCUCUCUCUUUCCUUCCUCCUUUUUCCUUCUUCCUCUCCAUUUCCCCCUCCUCUUCCUCUCCCUCUUUUAUCCCCUCUUCCUACCUUUCUUUCCCCCCUCCUCUCCCUCUCUCUUCUAUUCCCCUCUCUCCUCCUCCACUCUCUCCCUCCCCCACUCUUCCCCUUUCUCUCUCUCCUCCUACCACCACUCCCUUCUUCCCUCCCCUUCUCUCCUCUCUACCCCCCUGGUCCUCUCUUCCCCUCUCCCUUUCCUCCUCCCCCUCUCUUCCCUUCUCUUCCUCUCCUCCCCCUCUGCACCUUUCCUCCUUUUUUUACUUCCCCCUUCUUUCCUCAUCCUUCCCCCUUCUUUCCCCUCCCCUCCCUCCUUCCUCUCCUUUCGUCUUUCACCCCUCUCCCCCCCACCCCCCUUCCCCCUCUUCUUUCCCCCUUCCUCCCGGGGGGGGGGGGGGUUUAUAUUGGUUUUGGGGGGGGUUGGCUCUUGGAGGGGCGGGUGUGGGGGGUAGUUUGAGAUUGGUAUGGGGGGGGGGUGCUGUGGUAGGGGGGGGGGGUCUCCACAAGGGGGGGUGGGGUUUGAUCACGGGGGUUAGGGGGGAGUGGGUUGGGUGGAACACUAAGUAUAGGUUGGCGGUAGUUGGUUGUGGAUUGUUGGGUGGGGGGGGAUUGGGGGGGGGGGGGGAUGGCGGGGUGGGGAGUUGGGGAUUAUGGGUGUGUUUCGGAUGUUUGGGGGGGAUUUGGGUGGGGGGGGGGGGGGACAAUGGGGUGAAAGGGUUUAUUGGGGUGGGGGUUGGUGGUUGGUUGUGGGGGGAGCGAUGGGGGGAGGGGGGAGGGGACCAUUUUGAUGGGACGAUUUGUGAGGGGUUUGUGGGUUGGGGGGGGGGUUGGGUGGGGGGUGGAUGUAGAUUUGGUUUGUUGGGAUGUGUUAUGGGAUUUGUUGGGGGGGGGGGGUGGGUGGGUGUGUUUUUGGUUGUUUUGGUGGUUAGAUGUGGUGUGAAGGGUGGGAGAAUGGGUGAAUGGGGUGGGGGGGGGGAGAUGACGAGGGGAGGUGAUGGAAUCGUAUUUAAGGGGGGGGUGGUAGGGAAGAGGUGGGGGAGGGGGGGGGGGGGGGGGGGGGGUUUUUUUUUUGGAAGAGGGGUGUUGGGAUUAUGGGGGUUUUGGGAAGGGUGGGGGGGGGGGUUGGGGAACAGCUGUGGGUUAAUGAUUGAUGUGACAGAGCUUUAUAGAGGGAGGGACUAG